UGUUUGACGUAAAUACCCUCUUUUUUGUUGAAGCCGCAGAGCCUGUAUUUCCCUUUCUCAUCCCUCAAUCUCUCUCUCCCUCUUCUGCCCUUCGUAAUUCCCAAUCUUCUUCACCCUUCUUCCUCUUCUCAUCCCUUCUUUGCCCUUACUCCGAUUUUCUUCAACUGAAUUACCCGCCAAAACCUUCAAAGAACCCCCUUUUUCAAAUCCCCUCCGAUUCUCCAACCCUAGUCCAAUCCCUCUCCCCUUCCCCGCUUCUGGGUUUUCUUCCUUUUCUUGUUUUCACCAACACCCACUUCUUCCUUUUCUAGAUUUCCCCCCUUUUUAUCUUCUGGGUUCUUGAAUGCGGUCUCAUGGGAUUUGGAUUUCGCUCUCUGGGUUUGUUUCAGCAGGUGUGGCAUGAUAGAGUUCAGGUGUAUUCUGGCCAUUAAACUUGUAGCUGCUUUUGUGGACUGUGGAGCAUUUCUUUUGUUCAAGUGAUUUUCUUUUUCGAUUUCAAUGGCAAACCAUGACCUGAUACUGGGACAAAACCACAAUUUAGCUCUGGGGCAGAACCAACAGUUGAUGUUAGGUCACAAUCAUAAUAUGGGUCUUGGGCAGGGUCACAGUUUGGACCUAGGACAAGCACAUGAGCAUCAUCUGGGUUUGGGACCAAACCAUGACCACGAGUUGGGUUUGGGACAUGGCCACGAUCAUACUGAGGGGUUGGUACAUUCCCAUGAUCAUGAGGGUUUGGGACACGCCCACGAUCAUGAGUUGGGUUUGGGGCAAAGUCAUGACCAAGGAGGGGACAACGAUCACAAUUAUGCGCAUGAAAGUGAUUUAGCUAUGGAUAGGAAGCCUGAUCAAGUUGGCCAUCAGUUGUCUCUUCCUAUACAGGGUCACGAGUUAGCUUUGUCUGAUAACAACCAGUUAGCUGUUUCAGAAAGUCAAGAACUUGAUGACAACCUUGAAUUAGCUGUGGAUCAGAAUGACGAUUUGGCAAUUCAAACUGUUGAUGAUUUGACAAGCCAGUCUCAAAUGAUGGUUUCAACCCCUUCUGUGCUUCAGGCUCGAACAGUCAUGGCAGCUCCCACUUAUGAGUUGUCAGUUGGACAAGAGUUCCCUGAUGUUAAGAGUUGUAGGAGGGCACUUAGGGACACUGCUAUUGCCUUGCACUUUGAAGUGCAAACCAUCAAAUCUGAUAAAACUCGCUUUACGGCCAAAUGUGCUGCAGAGGGAUGCCCAUGGCGUAUUCAUGCUGCAAAGCUCCCAGGUGUUCCAACAUUCACAAUUAGGACAAUUCAUGACACUCAUACAUGUGGUGGGAUUAAUCAUCUUGGCCACCAGCAAGCCUCUGUUCAGUGGGUUGCUAGCUCCAUGGAGCAACGAUUACGAGAGAAUCCGAAUUAUAAGCCAAAGGAGAUACUUGAGGAGAUUCACCGUGUACAUGGAAUUACCUUAUCAUACAAGCAAGCUUGGAGGGGCAAGGAGCGUAUCAUGGCUGCUAUGCGAGGUUCAUUUGAAGAAGGAUAUCGCUUACUUCCACAGUAUUGUGAACAGGUUAAGAGAACAAACCCAGGAAGCAUUGCAUCGGUUUAUGGAAAUGCAACCGAUAACUGCUUCCAACGGCUCUUCAUAUCUUUUCAGGCAUCGAUUUAUGGCUUUUUGAAUGCUUGUCGGCCUUUACUUGGGCUGGAUAGAACAUAUUUGAAAAGCAAAUAUCUUGGUACUCUACUUCUUGCCACUGGGUUUGAUGGUGAUGGUGCUCUGUUCCCUCUGGCCUUUGGUGUUGUUGAUGAGGAGAAUGAUGAAAAUUGGAUGUGGUUUCUGUCUGAGCUUCAUAACCUGCUUGAGAUAAAUACCGAAAACAUGCCGAGACUUACAAUCUUAUCCGACAGGCUAAAAUGCAUCGUGGAUGGAGUGGAAGCGAAUUUUCCAACUGCUUUCCAUGGGUUUUGCAUGAGGCAUUUGAGUGAAAGCUUCCGUAAAGAGUUCAAUAAUCCAAUGCUUGGCAAACUUCUUUGGGAUGCUGCAUAUGCUCUCACAGUAAUUGAAUUUGAAGCAAAAGUACUGGAAAUCGAAGAGAUGUCACAAGAUGCUGGAUACUGGAUUCGACGAAUUCCCCCUCGUCUAUGGGCUACAGCUUACUUUGAGGGGACGAGGUUUGGGCAUUUGACUGCAAACAUCAUUGAAUCCUUAAACAGUUGGAUUGCAGAAGCCUCUGGGCUUCCUAUUAUUCAAAUGAUGGAGUGCAUUAGGAGGCAGCUAAUGACAUGGUUCAAUGAAAGACGUGAGACCAGCAUGCAGUGGACAUCAAUACUAGUGCCUACUGCUGAGAGGCGUGUUGCCGAGGCUCUUGAACAUGCACGUACCUACCAAGUGCUUCGAGCAAAUGAAGCUGAAUUCGAAGUCAUAUCACAUGAAGGAACAAACAUCGUGGACAUUCGUAACCGAUGCUGCCUUUGUCGGGGCUGGCAGCUGUACGGCCUGCCAUGUGCUCACGCUGUGGCAGCUCUUCUAUCCUGCAGGCAAAACGUUCAUAGAUUCACAGAGAGUUGUUUCACAGUCGCAACGUAUCGGAAGACAUACUCACAGACCAUUCAUCCAAUCCCUGACAAAUCUUUAUGGAAGGAAUUAUCAGAGAACGAUCCAAAUGCAAACAAAGCUCUAGAGGUCAUAAUAAACCCUCCAAAAUCACUGAGGCCUCCAGGACGACCACGAAAAAGGAGAGUUCGAGCAGAAGACCGUGGACGCGUGAAACGUGUUGUUCAUUGUAGCCGGUGCAACCAGACAGGGCACUUUAGAACAACAUGUGCAGCACCCAUUUAGGUAGUGUCUUUCUUUUUUUUUUUUUUUUUUUUUUUUUUUACAAUUGAACCUGGGGUUGGUCAAUACAUGUAUGUGGAAAUGAAUUAUUUACUGCUUAAUUAGUGGUGUUAAUUAGAUUACUUAGUAGUAUGUCAUCAUCAAUUUUACUUGGAUUCCAAGUGAGUCGACUAAUAGUGUUGUGUUCAUAUUCAUAUCAAUAAUUUAACUAUUCAAUAUUUUAGGACCC